AUGCGCUGCCUGGCAACAGCUGCACUGCUUGCACUUGUGGUGUGCUUGGCAACGCUGCACCUGUGUUUGUUCACAGCCUGGUACUCUUUCGGCCGCAAGCUGUUCACGCGAACGGAGAAUGUCCACUUCAAGGACAUCGAGCUGGCCAUUGAGAUUGCAAGGGCCUCUCCCACGCGGGACACACAGGCGACGUCCCAGGAGCGACGCUUGGCGCUUCUCUUCAUGCUGCGGACACAUUUGGUGGAGAUAGAGGUUUGGCGAAGGUGGCUGCAGCCGGAAACUGGCAUGACAGGCGGCUCCGAACAGCCGCGUGUUUCUCUGUACUUUCACGUGACCGACUUGCAGGCAGCAGGACCAGAAGUUGUGAAAGAACUCCAGGCGCUUCCAGGGGCUCGGAAGAUCAUCCCUCCGGUGGCGACUGGCUGGUGCGAGCUGAUGGCUGCCGAGGUGGCAUUGCUGCAAGCUGCUUUGCUGGACGAUCCCGGUCGUGCUUUGACGUGCGAACUGGAAAGUCAGGGCUUUUGGAUGCGCGCCGCAGCGUUUGCCCAAGUCCACUGGCAGUGGAAGAAGCUCUUUGCUACAAUGUGUUUUUUUCAGACGGACAGGGUCUGCAUGGACAAAGCUUCCGCCAGCGCACUUCGUGGCGGAGUCGCCGCAGCCAUGGUCCAGGCCAUCUGCGUUCCAGCCUUUAUGUGGAUGCGAACCGUGACGAACUACCAAUACCGGCACGGUGGUCGAGUGCUAGAUGUUGCUCGGAGAUUAUAUGCAGAAGGUGGUCCACGUCGCUUUUACCGAGGUGUCGUCCCUGCGCUGCUGCAAUCACCAGUCCUACGAUUCGGUGGUUUGGCAGUUAACGAAGGUCUUCUCUCAGUCACAGCCAAUUACUCCGUGUCUCAUACGGCCACAGCGGCUUUGUCCUCUGCUGCGGCGACCGGUCUGAAGAUACUCCUCAUGCCACUCGAUGCGUGGCAGACUGCCAAGCAAGUGAAUGGACAGCAGGGCCUGGCCUUGCUGAUGAUCGAAGCUAAGAAGCGGCCGUUGAGCCUUUGGCGGGGCACCGCAGGAUGUUUGACUGGAACCUGGGUUGCUCACUAUGCCUGGUGCUUCACCAACAACUAUCUCCACGAUGCUCUGCCGACUUCCGCCUUCGGCAAUUCAGAGAUGGCGAGGGGUGCCAGCAUUGGCUUCAUAUCGAAUGUGGCUGGCGAUUGUUGCAGCAAUUUUCUGCGAGUCUUGAAAGUAAUCCGACAGACUGCUGGAGGCUCCAUUUCCUACCACGAGGCCGUGAAGGAGAAGUUUCGUGCAGCCAGCAGCACUUCCGUGGCAGAGCACAAACAGAACAUGCUGUCGCUAUCAGAUGCCAGUACCGCCAGCCCUGCCGCAUUGCCGCAUGAGCACGGUGUUGCACUGCUUUACCAGGCUUUCCUCAUCGGCUACGAAGCGGACAAAGCCCUCGAGUUUGGAGGGCACCUGAAGGAAGGUCGCAUCGUGAAAGCAACAGCUCUUGAAUUUUAUUGUGGAGCUGACAUGACCUUGGGAACGGAUGCGCUCCCAUCGACCAACCCCCAAGACGUGGGCACGAACCGAAGCGAUGCGAGUCAUUGGGUGGGCAUCCACAAGCUCCUGCAGCUUAUGCAUCAGAUGAACUGCCCAGUGUUCACAUUGCAUCUUGUGGGCCAAAUGCUAUGCUCCGACGAAGUUCUGCCUUUGCUUGCCUUGGCCCUUGCGGAGGAGCAUCUUCCUGGGAACACGGCCUUAGACCUGUCGGACUUGGAACUCUACCAAAAGGCUACGCUGGGUCUCCAGCAGUUCGAGGACGGCAUACGAGAUCUCGGGGCACGAUCCGAAUGCAUAUUGUACGCGCCUUGGCCGGGCUGUGGUGCGGCAGACCAGGCGGACCUCAAGCGAGCAAAGAGUCCCUUGCUUGGGGGUGGCCUUUUGCCGGCAGACCGUGACGCGCUGCUUCACUCACUGGCAGACAAGGGAGUCCUGUUUGCACGCAAGUUGGGUACAGUUGGUGGGAACGUGACAGCCCACUUGGCAAUGCUCCAAGCCCUCGACGUUGUCAAGAGGCCGCCAAAAGCACCCCACCGCCUUUUCCCAAUAUCUUCAGAGGAGCGAGGCGGCCCGGUGGUGCUGGCAAGAUGGUUCUUGGCCAGCCUGAAGGCUCGAAUGCCCCCUGCUGCAAUCGUGGUGCUGUGCGGCCUCAUUGCCGUGUUUUCAGGACAGAUGGUACCGGCCACAGGCAUCGUCACCAAACGGAGCUUCACAGUCUUCAUUGGGGUCUAUGCUUUCGCCCACUUUGUGGUGUUCUUCGUGUCAGUUGCAGCUUUUGUCGAGUAUUCCCUGCUGGAGCCGACACGGCCCCAGUGUUGCGAAAGGCAGGGCUGGUUCGCAAAGUCGAACUCUGACGAGCCGCCUGUGGAGACGACUGAUAGCUUCAAAACUGCUCGCGGGCUGGUGAUGCAUGCUGCGGGCUGUCCAGUGUUUGUAGCUCAAAGUCGUGUAGAUUUGCUCAGUGCUAUGGCAGGGACAGGGCCAUGCAGCGGGCGCGGCUUGGAAUUUGGACCCGAGUUCUGCUUGCCGCAUCUGGAGGUGUCCGACAGCAUUGCACGGCGCCUCGUGGGUGCCUCGCCCUUGCAGGGGCUGACUCCGGAGACCCCUGGAGUCUCGAGUCGCUCCUGGCAGGUUAUACGAUUUUCGCUGCGCAGUCCCUGUGCCAUCCAUGGCUCCGCAUACAGGUCGACGAUGUUCGGCUGUUUGCAUUACGGUGGUUGCCCUAACAGCCCUUUGGACAAACUCGGCAUUUUGCCCUGGCCACAAGGAAGUGCCAUCUUCUGA